AUUAGAAUUUAUUUAAUGUCAACAUGAGCUAAUUUAGGUCUCCAAGAUAGAGCUUCACCUUUAAUAGAACAAUUAAUUUUUUUUCAUGACCACGCUUUAUUAAUUUUAGUAAUAAUUACUGUUUUAGUAGGUUAUUUAAUAUUUAUACUAUUUUUUAACAAUUAUGUAAAUCGAUUUUUGUUACAUGGUCAAUUAAUUGAAAUAAUUUGAACUAUUUUACCGGCAAUUAUUUUGUUAUUUAUUGCUUUUCCUUCUUUACGAUUAUUAUACCUUUUAGAUGAAAUUAAUGAACCUUCAGUAACUUUAAAAAGAAUUGGUCACCAGUGAUAUUGAAGUUAUGAAUAUUCAGAUUUUAAUAAUAUUGAAUUUGAUUCAUAUAUAAUCCCUACUAAUGAAUUAUCAACUGAUGGAUUCCGUUUAUUAGAUGUAGAUAACCGAAUUGUUCUUCCUAUAAAUUCUCAAAUUCGAAUUUUAGUGACAGCCGCAGAUGUAAUUCAUUCAUGAACAAUCCCAGCUUUAGGAGUAAAAGUUGAUGGUACUCCAGGACGAUUAAAUCAAACUAAUUUCUUUAUAAAUCGCCCAGGUUUAUUUUAUGGACAAUGUUCAGAAAUUUGCGGAGCAAAUCACAGUUUUAUACCUAUUGUUAUUGAAAGAGUACCUAUUAAUUAUUUUAUUAAAUGAAUUUCUAAUAAUUUAAAUUCAUCACAAGAUGACUGAAAGCAAGUACUGGUCUCUUAAACCAUUUUAUAGUAAAUUAGCAAUUACUUCUUGUGAAAAAAUUAGUUAAAUAUGUAUAACAUUAGUAUGUCAAACUAAAAUUAUUAAAUUAUUAAUAUUUUUUAAUCCCUCAAAUAGCCCCAAUUAGAUGACUUUUACUAUUUUUUAUUUUUUCAAUUACUUUUAUUUUAUUCUGUUCUUUAAACUAUUACUCUUAUCUUCCAUCUUCCCCUAAAUCUAAUGAAUUAAAAAAUAUUAAAUUAAAUUCAAUAAAUUGAAAAUGAUAACAAAUUUAUUUUCUGUAUUUGACCCUUCUGCAAUUUUUGGUUUAUCAUUAAAUUGAAUUAGAACAUUUUUAGGAAUUUUAAUAAUUCCUUCUAUUUAUUGACUUAUGCCUUCUCGAUAUAAUAUUUUUUGAAAUUCAAUUCUUUUAACUCUUCACAAAGAAUUUAAAACAUUAUUAGGACCCUCCGGCCACAACGGUUCAACAUUUAUUUUUAUUUCUUUAUUUUCACUUAUUUUAUUCAAUAAUUUUAUAGGGUUAUUUCCGUAUAUUUUCACAAGAACAAGACAUUUAACUUUAACUUUAUCUUUAGCUUUACCACUAUGAUUAUCAUUUAUAGUAUAUGGAUGAAUUAACCACACACAGCACAUAUUCGCACAUUUAGUUCCUCAAGGAACUCCUGCUAUUUUAAUACCUUUUAUAGUAUGUAUUGAAACUAUUAGAAAUGUAAUCCGACCAGGAACUUUAGCUGUUCGAUUAACAGCAAAUAUAAUUGCUGGACAUCUUUUAUUAACAUUAUUGGGUAAUACAGGACCUUCAAUAUCAUAUAUUUUAGUAACAUUUUUAUUAGUCGGCCAAAUUGCCCUCUUAAUUUUAGAAUCAGCUGUAGCUAUAAUUCAAUCAUAUGUAUUUGCAGUUUUAAGAACUUUAUACUCUAGAGAAGUUAAUUAAUUUUAAAA